GAGCUCUUCACAUUGCCCCAGCUCGUGCGUAAACCACCGUCAACCGAGCACUUUCUUAAGCUCGCGCACGAGCCACGGUCAGCUGAGCGUCUCACACUCGUGCAGUUUAUAUACAUGUAAAACACAUAGGGCUUGCUAAUGUUUUUCUAACUGCCAGGAGUUUAAAUGAUAUGGCGACCUUAUUAAAAAAGGAAAAAGGCUCCGACAGUCAAAUUGAGUUGAAGGCGGGAGGCGCGAGAGCUGAGCGCUUGAGGGAAAGACGAGCCAAUAAAUAGAAGCUGCCCGCUGUGACGGUCAUCGUAACGUCCGUCGCCGUCGUGAAACUGAGGGGAAAACCGAAGGUAGACGUUCGGAGUCUUAAACCAACUUUACACGUUUUAAACGGACUCUCGCACAAAAGACGAUACAAGGAAAAGAAGCUUCUUCGAUUGGUUUCAGAACUUGGACAGCUCCAUCGUAAAGCCGCCUAUACACGCGGUACCACAUCCAGGAUUCGGUGAAACUACAUCGCGAGCGCGUCUUUCCGAGACUUCGUUUCUGGCACAGGUCUUCUUUCGUCAGAUUGUGGAGCCAUGGAGGGUGUACUUCUGGGAGAGAAGCAGCUUUUUGAGAAGUUCUGGAUGGGAACGUUUAAAGCCGUGGCUAUGCCGCGACCAGAAAGCAUCAUCGUGGCCAGCAUCACCGCACGGAGAGCCGUGACAAAGUUGGAGACAGCCGUUAACCUGUCGCCUAAAGACAAUGAGGAGAAAGCGGAAACUAAAGACACCGUUGCAAAACCUCGAAAGAAAAAUGGACACAUAAAACACAGAAGACGUAAACAUCACAGCCACCGCCGAGAUCGCAGUGUGUCUUCUGAUGCCGAUCUUUCCCCUCGGCCGAUGCCUAAAGCGAAGAAAAAGAAGAGGAAGAAGUCUGAAAGGAAGAGGAGGAGACACAGGUCUCCCUCCUGCAGUCCGUCGCCGGUGAGGAAAAAAAAGAAGAAGAGCUCAAAGAAAAGGAAGCGACACAGGUCUGCCUCAAGGAAGGGGAGACACAAUGGUUCGAGUCCCAGACGUAAAAAGAAGGAGGACAAAAAACAUAAAAGAAGGUCAAGGAGCCACCCUCAUCGCAGACACAGACGCCGGAAAGCAGAAAUCAGGAGUUCCUCCUAUGUGGAACACAGGGACAGAUCUGAGGAUUGUGAAAAAUCUAGUUUCCCAGAGAGUGGGCAUUCAUCAGCUGAUCACAGAGGCGACGCACGCAGGUCGGCAAUCAAGCUGACCAGUAAAAUCUCAUCUAAGUGCUGCUGCCGUUUUCCUGCGAGCACCGUCUCUCUGUCACAUCGUGGGGUUGAAGGUUUAAACAAAAUGGCGAUUGUCCAGGACUCACUGUCCGUUAAGGGCAAAGGACAUGCGGAGUACGAUUCGGGAAAUGACACGUCCUCUCCGCCGUCAAGUAAAACUGGCAUCACGAGGUCGAAGGUCGUAGGAAACGAAAAGGUCUCGUGUCAGGAACUGACAUCUUCGGAGAAACUUAGACUUGUUGAUGGGGACAAUGCCUCAGAUUCAGGCAAUUCACUGACCAGUUACGACUCUUUGGGUAAACCUGUGCUCAGAGAAAAUACCCCGCACACCUUCAGCAAGCUUAAAGGUGAAGAUCUGAGAAGGUGCUCCGAUUUAGAAAGGACACAGUCUCCACAUCUCGCCUCUAAUAGGAAUCGGAGUCCGUCUUAUGAUAGAUAUCAGAAUCGAACAAGACCCCGCCGCAGAAGCGUAUCAUCCCAAAGCAGAUACUUAGGACGCUAUUCCAGGAGCCGAUCCCUGACCUCGGGGAGGAGAUCGUAUUCCCGUUCAUCCAGUCAUUCGCUGGAUUCGCGGAGUCUGUCCAGCGCGAGCAGCUGCCGUAGUGUCAGUUACUCACCAGACAGGUUUCGAGAGCGGAAAAGACGCUGCAGCUCUUGCGAGAGAAGAAAGCGCAGUCGGAGAAGACCUUGUUCUCCAAUGAGGAAGAGAAGAAGAGAUUCUCCCAGCCACCUGGAAGCCCGUAGAAUAACAAGUGCCAGAAAGAGGCCCAUCCCCUACCACCGGCCCAGCCCUUCCAUCAGCAGCCGUUCCUCCAGCCUCCUCUCCUGGCACCUGUUUUCUCUCAAUCGCAGUCGUUCACGCAGCCGGAGUCGCAGUCGCACUUAUUCCUCGUACAGGAGCUACAGCCGCAGCUCAUCAUGGAACUCUGUAUAUAGCAGACGCAGUCGAAGCAGAAGCUAUGACUCAGUGUCGAGCUACAGCCGAGCCCGUCCCUAAUUUACAAACGAACCGGCUGCAGGAAUGCUGAGCCACAGCACAAGCGAGGACCAGAUCCGAUUGCAAGAGCAAGUGAAAUGGAACAACGCUAAGAACAUGCUGUGCUUGGGUACGGAACAGCAGGCAGUGACAGGAUCAUCUGUUCAUUGUCAGAUAAGACUGAAGCUUUCCAUAUUGUUGUGUACUAAACUGUGUGCUUUCAUCCGCCCUGCUCAAACGUAAAACUUGUCUGUCGAUCCCAAGGGUCAUAGAUGCCGAAGCUACACGUGAGCUACACGGUGAGUUUAUGGCAUACCCUGCACAAAAGCGUGAGGAUGUUGUCGUCGCCGUAGUAGAUUAAACAAAGUGUACGUGCAGGAUCACGCUUCGACUGUAUGAAUCUGUCGUAUUUUUGUAGUGUUUUCUUUCUUUAAAGGAUACGUCACAAGCGCUCGAGGAGAAAGAUUUAUUGCUUCCAUAACAGCUUUUACUGAGAACGGCCACUGGUGUGUUGCACACACCUUCACUUUGAAAAAUGUGCCAUCCAAAUUGGCCCCACUGGCAAACACACACCCCAUCAGCUCAAAUGCCAGCUUUAUUUAUCUUCUGUUGAACUGGAAAACAAUUUAAAUGUCAUUGGCUGUGAUGAAGAUGAUGGCAGGUGGUCAGAAUCUAGCGGGUGUGCUCCAGCGGAGGGAACCCUCUUUUGGGCCAGCUGCCCAAUGCGUUAGCAAAUAUGUUAAACUGCAGAUUAAUCUCGAAAUCCUCGAGAGACGACAUGAAGUGCGAACAGGAAGGAAAUGUGUACAUAUUUGGAAUUUAUUAUUGUUGUUAUUAUUAUUGACAUUAGCCUGACCCCUGAGCCUUAAAUUUAUUUUUUAAAUUAUUUAUUGUUUUUAAGGUUUUUAGUAGUAGUACAUUUCUCUAUUUAUUAUUCAGAUCAUUUGAAUUAUUUAUGAUUGUAAAUUAUUAUCAUUUAACUGGUCUAUUCAUUUCUUUUCCUCAAAACAUCAAAAUACGUCCAAAUAUGCACUAAACAAGUCACACUGUGUCACAUAAAUUGUUUUAUUUAUACAUGUGAAUGGUUAAAAGAAACAUUGCUACUCCUUCUUGGUGACACAUCAUUGCGGAUAAACCGAGAAACCGUUACAGACCGAGAUAAAUGCAGACAGCUGUCAUAUGAAAUCAGUCAGAAUGUCUAGAUCAAGGCUUUCCUAAAGGAUCAAAAAAGUAAGUGUGUGAUGCAGAUUGACAAGACGGCUUCUAAAAAUCAUCACAUCGCGACACAUUACGGCAGUUUCUUUGUUUACGUGUCUUAUUGGAGUGCUUGUUAAGCGAAGGCAUGGUGAUCUCUAUGCACUGUACAUUUUUAGCUGUCUGACUGUUGUGAAUUCUGACACUUGUACAGAUAAUUAGUCGUAGAGGGGGGAAGCACUUGAAACGUUUUAUCUUCUUAAAUCCAUCUUGUUCUUUCGUCACGGAGCGUAAAUGAGUAAAUGAUUAUGUAAAUCUGUCGUGUAAAUAUGCAAACGUUUAAUGUGGCAAUAUUAGGCUUUAUUUAUUGAGAUGCAGUCGUUGCACUGACUCUUUGCAAGCUUUCUGAUUUACAUCAUUUGCAUUGUUUAUUCCCUCUAAAAUACUGAUGUUUAGCCAUGAAUCCAGUCUAGUUUACACAAAAUCAAGAGAGAAAAUAUGCUAUGGAGGUCGGCGUUGGCUCCUGCAGUUGCCGAACACCUGCAGAUGUGUUGCAAUAUUCUUAUAUAUUUAGAAGCAGAAUAAAAGGUAAAAACAUAAAGCAAAUACUUUAUUUUAGCACAAUCAGAGUGUUUUAAGAAUAUAAACCCCCCUCAUAUAAUUCUCUGUUCUAUAUUGUAAAUAUUGGGUGUCUAUGUACACAAGAAUAUCAAUGUCUCCCUUGAUCUUCAAAUGAAUAGUUCUCUGUGGUCUAAAUCUGUGAUAAAUAAAUUAUUUACACAGU